AUCUCAUUUACCUCGUCUGAUCUCAUAUCAUCUGAUUUCAACUCAUCUUUCCAUCUCACAGGUCACACGGUAAUUCCAUUUACCAAGUUAGUACAGAAGACAUCUGACUCAACUAUCAGAGAAUGAAUUCUACUGCUUUACAGCCGAGCACCACUGCACAGUCUCCAUGGACAAGUAUGGUAACCAACAGUACCCCAUACCUGGAAACUUUUACAUCUUCCAGCUCUGAUGACUAUGAAAAUCUUGAUCCAUCUGUGUUAUCCUGUGAUUAUGGAGUUCAUGCAUCCAACAUCCUGCCUGUGUUAUACUCUCUGUUCUUCGUGUUGGGCCUGCUGGGUAACCUGCUGGUGUUAUGGGUGAUGUUGAUGGGUGUAAAGCUGAGAAACAUGACUGACAUCUGUCUCUUGAACCUGGCUUUAGCUGAUCUCCUGCUGGUCGCCUCUCUCCCGUUCCUGGCACACUAUGCCAGAGAUCAGUGGGUCUUUGGAGGCCCCAUGUGCACCAUGGUUUUAGGCGUCUAUCACAUUGGAUUCUACAGUGGGAUUUUCUUCAUUGUACUGAUGAGUGUUGACAGAUAUUUAGCUGUGGUUCAUGCUGUGUUCGCAUUGAAAGUCAGAACAAAGACAUAUGGGAUCUUAGCCAGUAUGGUCAUCUGGAUCAUUGCUGUUGCAGCAUCGUUUCCUGAGCUUAUUUACCUUGAAAUCAGUAAACACAAUAAUAAAACAUACUGUCAAUCUUAUCCAACAGAUGAUCACAACUCUCACCAUUAUGCAAACACUGUUGGUAUUAUUAAAAUGAAUGUUUUAGGAUUAAUUAUUCCACUUUGUGUAAUUGGAUUUUGUUACUCAAUGAUUCUUCACAGACUCCUAACAGUUCGCUCUUCUAGGAAACAGACCAUGAGACUUGUCAUUGUAGUGAUGGUUGUCUUCUUCUGCUGUUGGGCUCCAUAUAAUAUUGCAGCUUUUGUGAAAGCAUUGGAGAUAAAUAAACUCAUAAAGCCAUCCUGUGAAAAAAGCAAAGCAAUCACUCUUAGUCUUCAGAUCACAGAAGCUCUGGCUUACUCACACAGCGGCUUGAAUCCCAUUCUCUAUGUGUUUGUUGGAGAGAAAUUUAGGAAACACCUUUUCAGACUCCUCAACAAAACACCCAUCAGCAGAUUACAGUUCAUGAAGAGAUACCUUACACAGGCUACAGGAUCUGUUUAUUCACAGACAAUCAGUGUGGAUGACAAAUCUACAGCAGUGUGAAAGGAGAUAUAGGGCCAGACUUAAUAACAGCGUGCGCCAGCGCAAACCAUCAUUUUGCCAUUAAAUAACGACGGGAUUUACUAAACACAUGUAGUUAUUUUUGUGACUGACCUUAUAUGCAUUUCCCUUUCAGACACAAAAUUUAUGGGAGGAGAUUAUUUAAAUGAUUCACGAAACGCAAUGUACUAAUGUUUGUGUGUGUGAUAUAACUGGUAUUUGCGCCAUUAUUUAACAAAAGAAAAAAGCAUGUCUUAAACUAUUAAAUACUUGAAAUGACUGCAAUUGUGCCUAAAAGGAGAGGCAUCGCAGAGCACGUGGUACGUUGAUUUCUUUUAACACGUAACAGUUUAUUUGGAAUGCCAGUGGAACCUAUUAUUCAAAAAUAUUGUUUGGCAAGUCAUGUUAUUUUUUGUUUGCUGGAGGAAAUAAAUGAGAAGUCACCAGAAGUCGUCACACAAUACCAGGUGUUUUAAAACUUCUUGUAAAAAUUCAUUUUCAGUGUUCUUUGGCUUUGUUAGCUGGGUUUUCACACCAUUCAUUUUCAGCUGAGAUGUCCGUGGUGCUGAACUCAAGCACAUCAGGGGCCCUAUUUUAACGAUCUGAAACGCAAGUGCGAAGCGCAAAGCGCAAGUGACUUUGUGGGCGGAUCUUGGGCGCUGUUGCUAUUUUCCCGGCGGGAGAAAUAACUCUUGCGCCAGGCGCAAAUCAAUAAGGGGUUGGUCUGAAGUAGGUUCAUUAUUCAUAGGUGUGGUUUGGGCGUAACGUCAAAUAAACCAAUCAGAACGCUAUCCAACAUUCCCUUUAAACGCAAGGGUGCAAGUUCCAUGGCGGGUUGCUAUUAUUAUGACGGACUUACCAGGCGCACGCCAGGAGCGGUCCACAGCCGAGGAGACCGACGUUCUUGUAAGAGCAGUCAAAGACAGAGAAGUUGUUUUGUUUGGGAAUGGGAGAAACCCGCCCAAAUCAGCGUCGGUUCAUCAGCUGGCACCCCCAUCGUUACGCCAAGUGCUACAAUGAUGUCAGGAGACGGGGGAAUACCAAGCUUGCCAGCAUAAAUCGGGCACGCCGUAUAACGGGAGGUGGAUCUGCCUCUACUCAGGACCUGACGCCAACAGAGGACAUCGCUGCGUCCACCCUCACCGCUGAAAGGGUUUGGGGGCUUUGAAAUCAGACCCAAGAAACGCAAGCAAGGUCCAACCCCAAAGUACACUUACAAAUCAAGUUCAUAUACAUUAAGGUUUCUUAUGAAAACAUUUUAAUUAUUAUUUACAUAAAAUAAACGUAAUACAGCCACACAACAAACUUAUGAAAAUAUUUUAAUCAUUAUUUGCAUGAUAAUUUUUUAAUGCAGCCACACAAUAAAUAAAAACUAUCACCACAAUGCUCACCACUAUGAUUUCCCUUAUCUCAUGUGUUAAUAUUUUUUAUUGUAACAAUUUUUGAUUUGCAAAAAUAACUGUUGCAUCUGUGUAGAUUAGAUAAGCAAAGUGUGUGUGCGUUGUGCACGCUAUACAUUAUGGUCAAGCAUGCGCCCUUAAAAUAGCAUAAUGAACCACAUGCAACGCGCCACUGACUUUAGACUAGUUUUUUUUGGUCAGUGGCGCAAUUGUUUUUUGAAACUGCAAAAUAGCAUCAGGGAUGGUUUGCGCCGGAACACGCCUCCUUUUUUGCGCUGAACCGCCCAGGGAGCGCAAGUUCAUUCCCUAGUUUGCCGACGUGCGUCUGUGGCGGGAAAAACCCGGUGUGCGCCGGUGCAAAAUACUAAUGAUACAUGCGUCACUGACAAAGUCAAUUGCGCUGGGUGCAAGAUAGGGCCCCAGAUGUCAGUAGAUCACCCGCACCUGCAGGAUCAUCAGCUCUACUUUUUGUGACCCUGAACCAAUUUGCGCUGCUCUUAGUAGAUUGCAUUGGUCAUUAUCAGCUGUUUCCUGUGUUAUGUAAUUUGCACUUGUUUAGUAAAUAACCUGCAUAUAUUACCACUCCCAUCUGCGCUUUUUUGGAGUUGCCCUCUCACGUUAAUUUGCCCUGUUUAGUAAAUCUGGCCCCUAAUCGGGUAGGGAAUACAGAUGAAAAAAGCUUAAAUACGUUUUUUUAUUACAGUAUUUUUUAGCAGAAUGUGGAGUGCAUUUUGGCUCAUCCUCUUGUUUAAUGAGAUAACAAAAAAAUGCAUCCAAGGCAGCUUGUUCCUAUAGUUUAUUGCACUAACAUAAUACUUGGUUAAUUUCAACCCAAAAUGCUGGGUUGUUUUAACACAUAUUUGGGUCAAAUAUAAACAUUUUUUAUAUUAAUUUAACCCAAUGGCUGGGUUUGUCUCUUUUUGACCCAACACUGGGUUGACAAAAAAACCCUGCAUUUUAUAGACUGCACAGUUACAAUUGCUUGCUUGAUGAAAUCUUAAAUAUGGGCAUGUUUUGAGUAUUCAUUAUUUGUAAAUGUAUUUGAUAAAUGUUUAUAUUUAAAAAAAUUUUUUUUUGAAGUUUAUCUAUUUUUGUGUUGUUGUUAUAAGCAAUAUAUCAAUAUAGUUCUUAUAACUCUAAUAGGGCAGUUUUGGCCUAAUUGUUAGAGAGUUGGGCUUGUAACCUGAGAGUUUCUGAGAGAUAG